CGCUGUCUAAACCAAAACGUGUUCAGCAUCCAAAUUUAAAUAUCAGCACGCAAGCAACGUGAUUCAAUCGAAGUGGAAUCGCAUUGCUGCGUGCACAACUUCUAACGACUAUCUAUCCUAGAUAUAUCUAAAUUAGCGGGAUCAAUUCAGUAGACAACAUGGCACGACCGAGAAAAUGGAAAAAUUUCAUGUCAGAAAAUAUGUUAACGAUGCUUACAGUACUUGGAGUUAUAGCCGGUGUUAUUCUCGGUUUCAUUUUAAGGAAUGCCAAGAGCGAACCAUGGUCGAAAAGAGAGAUCAUGUAUAUCCAAUUUCCAGGAGACAUUUUCCUUAGAAUGUUGAAAGCACUUAUCUUGCCAUUAAUUCUUGCUAGUAUUGUUAGUGCCAUCGGCGGUUUGGACCUUAAUUUAUCUGGAAGAAUUGGUAUACGAUCCAUUUAUUAUUAUUCGGCGACAACGAUAUCUGCUGUAAUUCUUGGUAUAAUUUUGGUUCUACUUAUUAAACCUGGAAACUUCAGUACACAGAGUUUAGUUGCAAUAGGAGAUGCAAAAGCGCCUAGAGAUGUUACUACUAUAGACACGCUAUUAGAUCUGGUCAGAAAUGUGUUCCCACCAAAUCUUAUACAAGCUUGUAUUGCUCAGUAUCGUACUAUAUUAGUAAAGCCUGAAAAUGCAACAGGAGUAAAUAGUAUAUAUGAAUGGAAUAUAUCUCAUGAAUAUGGAGAGGGUAUGAAUACCUUAGGUUUAGUAUUUUUUGGAAUUGUGUUUGGAAUUGCACUUAGUAAAAUGGGAGAAGCUGGAAAACCUCUCCUAACUUUCUUUGAUACCUUAUCUGAAGCAACGAUGCUAAUUACCAGAUGGGUUAUAUGGCUAUCUCCAAUUGGUGUACUUUUCCUUGUUACUUCAAAGCUUUUAGAAAUUGAAGAUGUCAGUGCUAUUGUAGGCCAGUUAGGUUUAUAUUUCAUCACAGUAUUACUAGGUUUGCUUAUACAUGGUUGUGGAACUCUUUCUCUUAUUUUCUUCAUUUGUACCGGAAAAUUACCAUUUAAAUUGAUAGGAAAAAUGGGUCAAGUUCUAGCCACAGCAUUUGGUACUUCUUCAAGCACGGCUACACUGCCAGUAACGAUACAGUGUUUAGAUGAUAUAGGUGUAGAUCCUAGAGUUACAAGAUUUGUUGUUCCAAUUGGUGCUACCAUCAACAUGGACGGUACCGCAUUGUAUGAAGCUGUGGCUGCAAUUUUUAUAGCUCAAGUCAGAAGAGUUCCACUGACUCUUGGCAGUGUCAUUGGUGUUAGUAUAACAGCUACUGCAGCAAGUAUAGGAGCUGCUGGUAUUCCACAAGCUGGUCUUGUUACAAUGGUUAUGGUACUGGAUACUGUUGGUUUACCUGCUGAAGAUGUAACACUUAUUAUUGCGGUAGAUUGGCUCUUGGACCGCUUCCGAACAACGAUAAAUGUCAUAUGCGACGCGCUAGGUGCUUAUGUCGUCGAACAUAUGAGUAAAAAAGAACUUCAGGCAAGUGCAAAUUUACAAGAAGAAACAAUCGAACUAGCCAGAGUGAGGAAAGCAGAAGCAUAAUUUAUGGAUUUUGCCAUUAUAUUAUAUAAACACAAUAAAAUUGUGUUUGUAAAAUUUUUUGUAUACUUCACAGUCAAUAAUUUGUACUAAUGUAUACUUAUACUUGAUUCAAAUUUUAUAUGGUAAUCCAUAUCUAAUCAAUGUAAUUAAUUACUAAAUAUGUAAUUAGCAGGAUACUUAUUUGGAUACUUAAUGAAAGCAAAUUAUUUGAGCACUAAUGUACUUCAAAAGUUCUGACUCAUUUUAACUUUCACAAAUGUAUUAAAUACAUUGUUUUUUGUUUUUUC